GUGCAGUGCUCAUUGUUUAAAAGUCAGACUUUUUCUUAUGGUAGUUGUCUACCGACGGUGUGUGGACCUGAUUUUCAUCAGAAGAUACUUUGCAGUGCAAAGAAAGUGUUAUCACUUAUCGUACACUACAGUGUAGUGUGCAUUCAAUCUCCGAGCUAAACAUUGCCUUGGGAUAUAAAGAUACGGCAUUUUAUUUUGUGCCUAAUACGUGCGGUGCUCGUAAAUUUAAAACUUUUUAGAACAAUAAUCGUGAGCCUUGUUUGAUAGUGCUUAAGGUACAUUUUCGUAUAGCGAUUAUUACUUCGUGUAACUACUGCCGUUGAACAUCAAGGAACAUUUUGUGACCUUAUUUUAACAAGAUUAGUGAACUUUUGUUAAGAAAACAAUAUUUUGGUGUUAAACAACCAACAUAGACUUUAAAUUAUAACUUUAAAUCAUAAGUUCCAGCACAUUCGAAAAAUAGACUUGUCCGUUACGUUCAAGUGGACUCGCCCUGUUAGUUCUCGUUGACACGGUUCUCAUCAACCCAACUCUGCGAUAACGAAACGCCAUUCGCAACUAAGGCCGAACGUUUUGGCCAAUCGGAGCGCACUGCAGCAGAGCAGUGAUUGGUGACUGCGAUAUAGUGAUUUUUGCGUGCAAUAGAAAACAAUUUGCAGUUUGCAAUUACUUCGAUUUGGCGUCAUAACGGUAAAAGUUGUUUGUGCAAAGUUAAAAAUUGCCUUUCAAGUGUUUUUAGUGUUCGUAUCGUUUAAAAACCUAUACACUAUAAUUAAAAGUGCAAACAGUGUUUUAGAAAAGUGUUUUUGUAUACAAUUACAUUGUAAUAAGCAUAAUUUAUAAGGAAAAAUGGGUGAUGCACUGAAAAAACUAGUCGCAGCCAGAGGACAAGCCAAAGGGUUUAUGACCCGUUUAAGGGCUUACAUAAACAACAUAGAUCCAGAUGACAAAGAGGUCAUAGACACGGUGGAAGCUGCUUACUUUGAGAUGGCUGCAUAUCUCAAUUCGCAGUUAAUGCCUAUUGGUGUCGAUUCUACUCUCGCGCGACCUGCGCAAGAGGCCGGUUACGGCGGAUACCAAAGGCUCCCACGCAUUGAGAUCAAAAAAUUCAACGGCGAGAGGACCGGGCUGCGGCACUGGAAACCCUUGCCCAGGCGCAACCCCCAACCAAGAGAAGCAGCUUAGUAGUCGCUGCGACAAGUGAUGGUUCUACCAAACAAUCUACAAAAAACUUAAAAUAAUUUACUGCGAGACCAACUGCUGGCACAGCCUGGUGGUCCGUACCUCCAUAACACACGUUUUGGCUACAUUGUAGCUGGGAGAGUGAGUGACAGCGAACAAGCUGACUCCUCUCAUCUUACAGCAGCGGUCUGUUGCAAACAUGUCGGUAACAAUUUAAUUUUCAAUAAGUUAGAGCAGUCAAUUUCACAAUUUUGGCAAACCGAGAAGGUGCCUGAAAUCUACACUGAAGCCAAUUCUGAACAAGAAUUAGCAGAAAAAAUAUUUAAAGAGUCAGUUGUGCUAAAAGAUAAUAGAUUUCAGGUAGCUUUACC